AUAAUUUCAUCCUACCAGCUGAUGAUACAGGCUAUGUGGUCUGACAUAUAUUUGAGAAGUCGUCGUUAAAUAAACGAAAACAAGAUGUAAUAUGCCCUGGAAUUGAACUUGUAUAUGUAUCCAAUUCUUGCAUGUUAUUAGGGCAACGCGUUUCAGUCAUUUAUGGUCAUGAACUUGUGUGUAUUCUGAGGCCGGGGAAUGAGCUGUAUGCAGGCAGUACGUAAAUUUUCUUCUCGGGGCACUGACCUGUAAACAGCAGCGAAAGCACUCAAUGUUAGACACACCUUCCCCCACCCUCCUAACUAGUAGAUAGGGUAUUGUGGGGCGCAUAGACACUUGGUACGUGAGCGCCAGCUCCCCUGUCGAACCGUCAAUUUGAUGUUCGCGGUGAAUGCAGUGUUUGGGUAAUAGGCCUACCUUUAAUGUUCAACCAUUUCUUCUUUACGAUUAUUUCCCAUUUAUCGAAUAAUUUGAUAUUGUGUCACCUUUGUAGAUGAAAAGUGCCAUGAAUCUGAUAUGGAAUGAAAUGGUUUGUACUAAGUGUAUAAUUAUUUGUUUCGUCGUAUAAUUGAGGCUUUGAUAGUCGUGAGAAUCUUCAGUCUCGCCAACUGAAGCACUGUCUGUAAUUAAUGGAUAUAUAAUCUUCUAUGCACAGUUUUUUCGAACCUGAUGACACGCUGAAUCAGUUUCCUUGGUUGACUGAAACCCGUUUAUUGAUCGACUCUUAUGUAUUAAAUUUAUAUUUAACCGAGUAAUGUUUUUGUGCUGGCCGUCAGGUUGGUUUUAAUUUUAUGUGCUACUGAAAUGUGCAUCCUUGGCCUUUUAGUGCUUCUAUUUUCACUUCUUCCGUUGCUUUGAUUGACUGACGAUUUGAGUUUAUUUUUAACGUGGCAUUACUUGUACCAAAAGUCAUGUCUUACGAAAGACCGCGAAUCAAGAACUUCUCGUGCUACCGUAUUUAUCGCAAAACAUGUCGGCUGUAAAGAUGAUUUGUUUCUGGCGUCGAAAUGUUUCCCACCCGUUGCAUUUCAAUUCGUGUGUGGUCUGUUCUCUGUAUGUUGGUUUUACAGGAACUUCAAAGAUUUCGUGAGGUAUCAACGACGGAGAGUAAUUCGAUAAGCCUUUUUCUGUGUUUAUAUUCUUCCUUCUCUGGGAGUGGUAGCGAAGUAACAGCUUAUUUAACGACGUGUAAUCAGUUUGGUCUAAAUGCUGGACAGCGUAGGCCUAUACUAACUGUAUGGAGCGCUUUGUGGGAGUCCGCAUCAUUUUCGCUGUAAUGUUGUAGGUAAUCUUGACCUGUGAUCCACUGGUUCAAAUUCCACUGUUCUUUUUGUCAGCGGGUUUACCCCUAAAACACUCUUUGGCUCCCAAACAGAAGUUAAUUAUGAAACACUUGUUAUUUGCUAUAAUGUUCGAAGUAGGAAGGCGUGGAGUGACUGUCCUGCGACCUUGUCCAGAACCGAUGUACUUUCAGAGGCAAGUGAAGUCAGUAUCAUGUAUGUGUAUUUGCUUAAUGCCGAAUGCUGGUUAUUUUUAAAUAUUACUUUUCCCAAAGGCAAUAAAUUCGUAUUAGGCAAAGCCUUGCCUCCGUGCAUUCCAUAUUUCGAACUGUUCAGCUAUUACGCAGUGCCGAUGUUUUUUUUUUUCAUCAUGCGUAUUAUGAUACUCUUUUGUUCGUGUUUGUUACUCCACCACUUCUCAGCAACAUCUCCUUCCCUCUAUUUUCAUUUCACUCUAACCUUUUACACCGGUGUUUCUGCUUCUCUCUUUUCUAUCGUCGUCCGCUUUUUCCGGCCGUGGAGACAGACCGCAAAACAUGGUCCUCACUCCUCUUUCAUUUCCCUCUACCCCCGAGCCACCCUCUCUCGAAUUUGGCCACUGUAUACUCGUGUAUCGAUCCCAUCCACCCCUUAUAUCAACCCUGUCGGUCUUCCCCUCUUCUGAAGCAGUAGUAGCAGCAACAGGGAUGAGAGGGGAAAAAAUGCUAACCCAUUGUCCAACUAUGAUUGGGAAUGUGGAACAUAUACGUUGUGUGUUACACCGGAAAUCCAACUGGGGUUCUGGUGUUCUGAGGGGGUCGGGGGUAUUUCAGAGGAUUUGAGCUGAGGUAAGGGUUGGAUACGAAGGGAUGCAGGUUGCGUGUAGACAUUGUCCGGUUUUCUACCACUUGUAUGAGACAGUUGUAUAUGGCCAUGAAAUUUCGGGCUAGGCCAAACAGUUCUGUGAUAAUAAACAAGGGGGAGCGAAGGCACAAAAACAAAGAAUCAGGCCUAUACAACGCAACAGAGGUGAAGUGUGUGUGUGUGGAGGCUGCGGGGACCACCGGAGUUGUACCCACUACGCAGUUAUGCAGAAAAAGGGGCCGCCGCCGCAACCCGGACAGCUCAAAUUCACGGUGGCGGAAACCUGUGAGCGAAUCAAGGAAGAGUUCAACUUCCUGCAAGCACAGUACCACACGCUGAAACUGGAGUGUGAGAAACUUGCAAGCGAGAAGACCGAGAUGCAACGCCACUACGUCAUGUAUUACGAGAUGUCAUAUGGCCUCAACGUGGAGAUGCACAAACAGACGGAGAUCGCCAAAAGACUGAAUGCCAUAAUCGCUCAGGUGCUACCGUUCCUAGCCCAAGAGCACCAGCAGCAGGUGGCCACGGCUGUGGAGAGAGCGAAGCAAGUUACUAUGACUGAACUGAACGCUAUCAUAGGGCAGCAACAGCAGCAGGGGCUACAGCAGCUCUUGCAACAGAUUCAUGCACAGCAGUUACCUCACGCCGCACACGGACCGUCUUUACCUAUGGCUCCUCAUCCUGGCCUUCCUGGCAUGGGCCCAGGUGGUCUUCUAGCAUUUGGAGGUGGUCUGGGGGCUGGUGCAGUUCCUGGGGCAGCUUCUGCUCCUCUCGCUGCAGCGGCGGCGGCGGCAGCAGCAGCCCAACAACAGCACCCGCUUCUUAAACCUGCUGACCUACACAACCCUCGUGACCCCAGUGAUAUCAAAGGCCCCAGCUCUUUACCAGAGGAAAGGCUGCGGAGUUCUGUGUCCCCUGCGGAAAGAGAAAAGUACCGAUCCAGGUCACCAGAUGUGGAACAUGACCUUAAGCGAAGGAAAGAAGACAAACUUGGUGGUCAUGAAAGUGAUGGAGAGAAGAGUGACCAGGACCUGGUUGUUGAUGUAGCCAAUGAGGACCCAUCAUCUCCACAUCCAAAUGGUGAACAUCCUGGAGACAUCCGAGAGAAUGGGGAAAAAGGUGGAAUAGGCAGCAUUAAGUCGGAGCGCCCACCUAGCCGGAGUGGGUCCAGCUCCAGCCGCUCUACUCCCUCCCUGAAAAGUAAAGAUGCCGACAAGCCCUCCACGCCAGUGUCCAAGGUCACGACCCCAACCUGUUCCGGAGCGCCCACGCUGCCUGGCUCCAGUGGAGUGAAAUCUGCCGUGCCCGGAGUAGUGCUCCCCCCGGGGGCAUACCCCCCCUUCUCCCUGGUGGCUGGGGGAGUUGGGGGCUCCCGAAGCAGUGACACUAGCCCUUACAACAGUGUGGCACCCUCCCCUUACUCCAGACCACCUAUGCUUGGUUACGACCCUCACCCACAUGUCCGCACACCUGGCCUCGGCUCCAAUGGUCUUGGGGGAAUUCCUGGUGGAAAACCUGCCUAUUCAUUUCACAUGAAUGGAGAGGGACAACUGCAGCCAGUACCAUUUCCAACAGAUGCCCUGAUUGGUCCAGGGAUCCCCCGACACGCUCGGCAGAUCAACACUCUGAGUCAUGGCGAGGUGGUAUGUGCUGUCACCAUAAGCAACCCAACCAAAUAUGUGUACACUGGUGGCAAGGGCUGUGUCAAGGUCUGGGACAUCAGCCAGCCAGGGUCCAAAAGCCCUGUGUCCCAGCUUGAUUGUCUGCAACGGGAUAAUUACAUCCGCUCCGUGAAGCUGCUGCCAGAUGGACGAACAUUAAUCGUAGGUGGUGAGGCAAGCAAUCUAAGUAUAUGGGACCUGGCAUCACCCACACCUCGCAUCAAAGCUGAGCUUACUUCCAGUGCUCCUGCCUGCUAUGCUCUUGCCAUUAGCCCAGACUCCAAGGUUUGCUUCAGCUGCUGCUCAGAUGGCAACAUUGCAGUGUGGGACUUGCACAACCAGACUCUAGUCCGUCAAUUCCAAGGGCAUACAGAUGGUGCAUCAUGUAUUGACAUCUCUGCAGAUGGUACAAAACUGUGGACUGGUGGGCUAGACAACACUGUGCGGUCAUGGGAUCUGAGAGAGGGACGACAGCUGCAACAACACGACUUUUCAUCCCAGAUCUUUUCACUUGGCUACUGUCCAACUGGCGAGUGGCUGGCAGUAGGCAUGGAGAACUCUAAUGUUGAAGUCCUACACGCAGCCAAGCCUGAUAAGUACCAGCUGCAUCUCCAUGAGUCAUGUGUCCUCUCGCUACGUUUUGCAGCCUGUGGCAAGUGGUUUGUUUCCACUGGCAAGGAUAAUCUGCUCAAUGCUUGGCGAACACCCUAUGGAGCCUCCAUUUUCCAGUCAAAGGAGUCUUCAUCUGUGUUGAGCUGUGACAUCUCAGCAGACGACAAGUACAUUGUGACAGGCUCUGGAGAUAAGAAGGCAACUGUUUAUGAAGUUAUCUAUUGACAGCUUUGGUGAAAUGGCCUGGAAUGAUAUGAACCUGCAGAAUACUUAUUCUUACUCACAAAUUCUAAGUCUUGGCAAGUGUUUGAAAUUAUAUUGACCAAGUAAAUGAUCUUCUUUUGUAUUCCAACAUCCAGGAUAUGCCACAGGGUAUGUGAGACAUUGUGUUCUUGCAGUGUCAGGGUAGGGGCCAUCAGUAAAAUAAAUAUAUAUUUAAGAAACUGAAAAUAUUGUGAUAGGUGGGUGAAGGAGAAGGAAAUAAAUCACUUAUUAAAUUAAAUUAGUUUGAAAAUAACUGGCAUUUUGAAGAGGGAAUUCAAAGUCGCUGCAGUCUUCUACCAUACAGUUUAUGAACUUCACUGGGGAGUAAGUAUGGGAAAAAGGAGAUAUUGCAGUGUUUCUCUUUCCCCUUCAUGGACAACAUUGUAGUGAAAAUGGUAAAGGUGUGUGCCUGUAUAUUCUUGUGUGAAUGUGUGAGUUUCAAAGAGGAGGUGAUGAUGAAGAACGUAUGCUGCAUAACAGUUUUUCUCCAGUCAAAGAUAAAAUAAAGGAAAGAGUUGUCAGACUCUUGUUACAAACCAGUUAUAAAGGAGAAUUAAAAAGUAAGGUGACAUCAGAUUUGAUUCAUUGAUAAUUUGCUAACGAAUCAUGGUUGGAGUAAGGGUAAAAGUAGAUGAUACUUUUCUCAACGUCAUUGAUAAAUAAUGGUAUUUUUCCUACAGAACUAAGAUGAAGAAGCAAGUGUUAUCAGUAAGUGUGUAUGAUUGUAGCAGAAAUAUGAUGUGCUGUACUCUAUGUAGAAAAUAGGCCAUUUGUUACCUCGCCACAUUCCUCUGCUCUCGUAACUGCCGACAGAAAGAGACUUUGCUAUGAGCAGGUAGAGAGCACUGUGUGUUCACUUCAGCCCAAGAGAAUGGUAUUCAGGAUUAAUGCUGUAUAUUGUGUCCAGAAUUUUUUUUAAUGAGUGUUUAUAAACUGGAAUCACCAUCUGUUUUGAGGUAAUUUGCAUUCAGUACAUGCCCUCUUAAACUUGAGAAUACUUCUUUUUUUAGUUAGUACCUUCUGAUAGCCUGUUUAUUGAAUGCAGUUUGUAUAAUUCCCCAAAUAACCACAUAAAGCAUCUUGGAAACAGCAUUUACAUGUAUGUGUGUUAUGAUUUGAGCAACACUAAAAAUGUAAAAUUAAUAUUUUUGUCUGGAAUUUUGCUUUAUGAAUGACUUUUACAGUUGAUUUAGAGUUUGCAAUAUGACGUAUUUGCUGUUUUGGAGCUUACAUGCCAAAGGCACUUUUUAACAUUCCAAAGUACAAAACAGUUCCUUGGUUGUAAUUGGAAGAGUUAAAACAAUUAUAAUGCUGAUUUUCAGUAAUAAAAUUUCUAAUCUAAGAGACUUCAUGGCAAUUUAGUCAUAUUUUAAGUAAUUGUACAAGAAAUACUAUUCUACAAAACUGUAUAACUGGCGGGCAGUACCACAUGAUGUGCCAGUAAACUGGCCGUGUAGCUUACCCAUGUUAUCACCAGAUCAUCUUGAUUGCUGCUACUUUCGUGUUUAUCCUUGUAUUAUUAAAUAUCCAGUGCUAAUGGUUUGGGGAUAAGAUGGAUUGCAUUUGAACACACAGAGCUUAUCUCCUGUACUUGGUCCUCAUUACAUGUGUAGAUCUGAGGUUUCUUGUUGACACCUGUUUAUUUAAUUUUAUCUUCAUUUAUUAGAGCUUGGUAUUCUUUGUUGCACAUAUGUAAGAUGCUGCAUAUGGUGAUAUGACUGUUGUAUCACACCAUUAAGAGAAUCUAUUUGAAAUUGUUGCUUCAUGCAUUACAUAUUCUGAUUUAUUUUCUACAAAAGGACAGCCUCCGAAAUACUUAUCAUUCACAGUGGACAGUUUGGGCUUUCAUGGGAAUUCUGUAAAUAUUGAGCUUUUAAAAUUGUUUUGUUACAUAUUAUAAUAAAUAGAAACUUUUUUUGCAGUAUUAUAAGAAAGUACUUACUGUUAAUGCAAUUAUAUAAAAUACAGAAUUUUAAAUAUCCAGUGGCAUCAAAUACAUUAGUGAAAUUUGACAUAUGGAGUUGACAAGCAUCUUGUGUUAUGCUGAAAAACUCAUACUAAAAUAUUAGUCACUGCAGAAUGUGAAAUUCCCCUCACUUGCCCAACUUUCAGUAGGAUGAAUUUGUUCUUAUUGUUUUUUUUUCUUUCUUAUUUUAAAAAAAUCAGUAGGAAAAGUUGGGUAUCUAUUGAUAAAAGCCUGUCAUAUGCUUACUGUAGUCAGUUUAUUUAAUUUUAUGCUCUCAAAUGACCAUUUGCUGAUGAUUUAUUAUUUUUCAUUUGUGUCAUUACUAUAUCUAAAUGUAACAUAUUCAACCCUACCUUGUCUGAUGUCUUGCCAUUUCCUGAAAUCCUGUUCUUUGCAGUUCUGUCCCUAUCAACAAGUGUGUUCCAUAAAUCCGUAAAGUAUUCCGUCCAUGUCGUAAGACAUGCCUCUUUUGUUCAGGCUAACUUUCCAUUUUUAUCUAAUGUACUGUUUCAUUUUUUCUUUUUUGGGGGGGGUUAUUCCUUGUUACUGCAUAUACUACCUUAUUGACUGAAACUAAGAUUUGCUACAGCAGCAUCUGAAUACAAAUUAUAAAUACUGGAGGAAAAUUAAAAUGUAAUAUUUAAUGUGAUCAAUUAAACAUGACAGUGUUCAGUCUUGGCACACAAUGUUGUGUGUUAUCAUUAUUAUUCAUUACUUUUGUAAUAGGCUUUCAAUUUAAUGUAGUAUUUCUUUCUUCACCUAGAUUUUAUGUUUUGUUGUGGUCUUACUUCUCCCAAGAUAUAAGUGGCCCCUUUUCAAAAGUCUGUUUCUGAUGGCAAGCCUACAGCUUGGGUAUGUCCCUCUUGUGGAAUUCAAGUGUUCAUGAAUGUAUUUGAUACAAGUGUCGAUAUUUAAAAGUUCAUCUGUUAAAAAAUAUGGUUGCUAAAAUUCAGACCUUGUUUCUACUCUGUUCCUUCCAUACAGUGUUGAUAUUCUUUUCAAUGAAAUAUUCUGUAUAAUUUACUAAGUUCGACCCUGUAGAGACUUUUGCCAGUGGACUAUAUAGUCAGUUUUGCAGAAUAAUGUGCCACUUGGAAAUCAGGUGUACAGUGUACAUUUUGCAUGUAUUUUAAUUAAAUAUUUCUCAGAAAGCAUUAUUCACUUAGUAUUGCAAGAAUAGAAUCUGCUAUGAACUCUUGCUCUUGAAUUGAUACAUUGAGAAUCUCAGAUCUGCACAUGAAAUUCCACUUCCUUUUGCCUACCUUUGGUCUGAUAAUGAUCUGUAUUUUUUCACAUGACUGAUUUAUUGAAGUAGAUAUCAUUGUACAUUUUACACAGUUAAUCACCAUUUUCUCAGGCAAUAGACACGUUACAUACAAUGCAACAGUUCACACUUAUGUAACAGGCACAAGGGUUUUCAAUUCAGGGAUUUAUUUUUCUGGUAUGUAGCAGCAGUGCAUAAACAGUUAAUAAUACAGCCAACAAUAAUGGUAGCAAGACAACACAACACCGGUAAUUACCUCUUUUGUAUUUCAAGUUCAAAUGCUGUAAAAUCAGAAUAAAUAUUGUAUGAACCAUAUUUGCUGUGUAAAAUACAGGCUUUGAAGUUUUAGAAGGUACCUUUCAUAUUUUUCAGUGGUAAGAAUAUUGUUUUGGAGGGUUCUGUCUUUCUUGUGUGUUCCUGUUUGUUUCAAGAUAAUUUUGAGAGUGUAUUUGUUGCUAUUAGAAGUAACAGUGUGAGAAGCGAGAUUAUACCUAGCACACAGUUGUGUUGUUCCAUACAGCACCUAGAUUUUGAUUUGCUUUCAUUGUCCUAAUGUAAUGGUGCAGCACACUUUGUCCCAAAAACAAAAAUUAAGAUGGAUAAAUUAUUACAUAUAAAUUGAAUGAGGAAGAAGAGUCGGACUUGCAUUUAAUAUUGUUUUCUUUUUUGUAUGUUCAGUGUGACAGUGAAUCUCAUAGAAAGAACUCAUGACUCUCUAAGAAAAUCAGCAAAUGUUUUAAACUCAGGGUUCUACAUGACUUAGUAUACAUCCUUUUGUUUAUUGAUAUGCAAAAACAUACAGGAUACAUUCAUUUAAGUUGCCUUAAUGUAAUUUAGGUUUAAUUAAAAUUAUAUUUUGUUGUCAUAUUAAUGGCUUGAAUGAAAAAUUGAAGAAAUGUUUGUGUCUGUCAUUUUUCUAUAAGUGUCUUUAUUUAUAUGGUGUAGAAUAGACAUAGUUUAAAUUGAUAGAGAAAUUUAAGUCAUACACAGACUGGCUGUUGCAAAAUUUUGGGUAAUAUGACUUGUGUCCUAUUGUGUUACACUGCCUGCACUGCGGUCUUCUGUACAAAACUGUAAUAACCAUUGUAUAAUAUAAUAUCUUUCUUUGUUUAAAGCUUUGUUGUUUAAAGUGUACUGUGUAUGGCACAUGCCAAUAUGCAGUAAAAAUUUGGAACUGUUGGUAGCAGGUGUUUGGUUUAUGCAGUUUUGUAAUCUGGCCCAGAUAUGCAAGGCUAGUAUGUUUAGUGGGGGUAGUAUGCUAAGAGCUGGAAGUGCAGGGUGUCUGAAAAUAACAUUUAUAUUUUAAAGCUUUAUUUAAAAGUUUCAUAAUUGGCUUGCUGUUUUCUUUAUAACAGAGCUCCAUUAUGCCCAACUUUUCAUGAUAUUGUCCAUGUGAAAUGUGAUACAGCCUCCAGUUGUGUUGAAGUAAGUGUUUCUUAAUGAAACAAGAACAAAAUCAGUAGUGUUUUUGUUCAUAUUCUGGAUGGUUUACAGCAGGGAUUCUCAUCUUGCAGGCUACGUGUGGCCCUCUGAUGUGUUUUUUGCUGCCCAUAUUAAUUUUUGUAAUAUUGUAUCCUUCUGUAUAAUGAAAAUUACACCUCAGUUAAGUAUUUAGUUAUGAAUGAAUAAAUAAUAAAGAAAAUGUAUAAACAAAUUUGUUUAAGAACUUUAAUGAGUAUUGUGUAAAAUGGAUGCAAUAUUAAGUUUGUAGCAUUUUAUUAAACUUAAAAUUCCAAGAGUCUGCAAAUCCAUAAGAAAGAGUGAAAUGUGGCUGCAGGUUUUAAAACAUUGGGAGCCCCUGGUUUAGUUGUGUGGCAGCAUUACAAAACACUCAGAACUGGAUGACCAACAUUGUCUGCAAUUUUUGUUUGUAACUUUCACCUUUUGAAUUUAUUUCCUGGCUUUCAGUAUUUGCCAACUUUCUGGAUAUGGUGGCUGUGUGAGUUUUGGAUUUUGUACAAGUAGAAAUGAAGACCUUUAAAAAAUAGUGAAUGGCUUAACUCAUGUUCUGAAUUGUCUCAUAUUUUAUUCUGUCUGUCGAUGAAAUACUCUCAAGUUAUAUAAGCUGCGUCAGAUGGCUGAAUGGUGAACAAACCAAAUCUUCUGCCAAAAUUUUUAUAUAACUAUCUUUCAGAUCAUAAAUUCAGGAGCACAGCAUCAGAUACAAUGAAUCACAUUAAAAAUGUGUGAUAAAAUGGGACAGAACUGUUACUGUAAGGAAAACUGCAAGACGUAUGAAACAGAAAUUAACUUGGUACAUUUUAAUACAUAGCGAUAUUUUCUUUCAGGCACUGUGUAUCAAGUAGGUGUGCAGAGUGGUUUAUUUCAGAUUACCUGGUCAUUUGUUAUGGCACAUGACUUUGCUUUAUUAUCAGAAAAUAAUGUUUGUAAUUUUAUUUUUUAAUUGUCAUAAAAUAAUUUUUGUUUUAUCAUUUCAUUAAGGUGUGUUCAUAAGACCUUAAUUAACUGCAAGCAUCUAGUUGGAUAGGUGUAUUUGUUUAUGCUGUACCAUAUUAACUUUUCUUGUAAACACAUGUCAAUGAUAAUAGUAGAACAAGAAUACAAAUUACAUGUACUUUGACAGUAUGUCACCAGUGUACCUGCCAUUCAUGAUUAAUAAGGAAAACAAAUUUGAUUUUGUUUGUCUGGUAUGUGCAGUAGAAUUUGGCAAAGUCACAGUAUGUCAUUUUGCUUAUCAGCUCUUGAUACCGCAUAUUUUGAAGGAUAUAAUCACAGACACCUUAGCAAGGGGUAUGACAAAAAUAAAUGUAAUACAACAAAUUUCAGAGCAUGACACUAACCCUUUCUAUCCAUUUGUAAUAUGUGGAUCUUACUUCUCCACCCCAUGCACCAUUGUGACAUACUUCUUAAUUAAAUGUUUUGGAUUUGUUGGUGCAUAAAUGCUGAAUAGGUGUCUUCAUAUCUUACCUUUAAUGUAACUAUCAUAUCUUUCUUUUAGGUUCUAGUAUUUUCUUUUUCAUUGAAAUCAUGGAUACCCAUAUUCAUUCUGUCUAAAGAUAAUCUGUGAUAUGGAAUUGCAUUGUAAACAUAUCUGUUCAGCAUAGUGACUUAUCAAAAUGAGCCAUUUGUUUCUACAUAUUUUAUUUGACAGCUGGGUACAGCAAGAUAAUGAAAGUUGUUUCUGUUGACAUGUAGUGGUUCACAUAUUUUAAUUAAAAACAUAGAUACUGGGAAUGCAUAAGCAUACAAACUUGGAAAGUUCUGCCUAAUAUUUACAUUUUAGUAAAAUGUAUGUUAAUCAUGCAUCAUUUUUGGUCUGUUCAUGGCAGCUGAACCACUCUGUACACUUAAUGCUUUAAUUAUGUUAGCUGAUGGGUGCAAUGUAUUUUGACACCUGAAGCUUUAUAUCAGGGUAACUGAACAUCAUGUUUCACUUAAAUAUGAAAGGAUAAUUGUUGUUAAACACUUUAAAAUUGUUGGUAAGUGACAUACAAAAUGGAAUUAAGAAUGUUUUCUAUAUUAAUAAUAUUAAGUGGAAGAAUAUGAUGCAAACUGUUAAGAAUUUUCUUUUCAUGCUAGGUGCAAGUAAUUAUUGUCCUUUUUUUACCAAGUGCAAUGAGAGAGAAGAAAUCAAGAUGUGCUGAUUGAAUUAUAUUAUAAAAUUGGUUUAAGUAGAAGCAUGCUCUGUGAGGUAUUAAUUCUUGUUUUAUAAAAUGUUUAUUUGAAAUUUGAUUGGCAUUCAGGUAUUUAUUUCAAAAUGAAUUGUUAGUUACCACUUUGAGAAUGCUCUCAAAGACAAUUUGUUUCAACAUUUCUCAGUAUGGUACCUCACAAUUUUAUAUAAUAAAAUGACUGGAGAUA